AUGGAUGACCUAGCUGGCCUCGACUGGUCGCAGCCCGCCAAAAAGACAGCCAACACCCCCGCGGCCUUACCACCAUUCCGCCAGAGCCCCACGCCUCAGCUCUCUGGACGCUCCACGCCGCUCUCUACGCUAUCUAUCCAGCAAUCAGGCGCGGGGACGAGCUCCAGUAGUACUCAGCCUUUCAAGCCGCUCUCGAAACCAGCGACGCCCGCAAAUGACAGCUUCGCUGCCCUCGUGUCCUCCAACAAGCCCAAAGCGUCAGCAAACAAUCUCUCACUUCAGGAACGACAAAAGCAGAUACAGGAGGAGAAGGCAAGGGAAGAGGCGGAGAGAAGGAAGCAAUGGGAUACCACCUUCGGAGGUGCCGAUUCUAAGCAUUGGGAUACAUUAGGCGGCGGGGGUACCGCUAUCGCACCUGAGCCAGCAAUUGUUGCGCCGCGUCCAUCGAACAACCCAUUUACGAACCUGGGCCUCUCCAAAACCAUCAACAAGCCAUUCGCAGGUCUCGACACUAGCUCACGGCGUCCCGAAGUCAACUCACCCAAUGAGGCUGAUCUCCUCGCAGCCUUCAACUCAGCAGCGCCUGUAGACAGCUCGAGUUACUUCCCAAAACCGUCGCAAACGAGCGGCCGAAGCACGCCGGCAUAUAGCGCGAAUGUCUCCCGCGGCAAUACCCCGCUACCACAACCCUCUUCCAACAACAAUGCGCUUCUGGACGAUGAUGAUGACAUGUUUGGUCUCAAGCAAAUGUCACAAAAGGCUACUGCGCCCGCACCACCACCUCCGACCAACGAGGCCGAUGAUGAUAUACUAGGGUUACUAGGGAAGCCUGUGUCUGAGUUUCAGCAGAGGGAGGAGCCUACACCAGUGGCUGAGGAGGAGCCAGAGUCUCGACGACGACCGGAGCCAGGCCCCCAAAACGCCCAUGACAAGGCUGUUGCUGAACUGGUAGAUAUGGGCUUCCCAGCUGAAAAGUCUGCGAUUGCGCUCGCUACAACGGACUCAGGACUAGAUGUUCAGGCCGCAGUGGGGUGGCUGUUGAACCAAGCACACGCCGAAGCCAAACAGAAGACACAGUCGCGGAGUCAGGACAGGACACUUGAUGAUCCCGAAGAAUUCGACGACCGCCCUCGACGGGGAAGCAGCAGAACUAAUGCGCGAGAAUCUUCAAGAGAAUCUCGUGCCGCGAGACCAGCGUGGAUGAAAGACGACGAUGCGCGAAGCCGGUCUGGCCAACGUAGGAACGAAGGCCAAUCACAAGAGAAGGAUGUAACACAGAUGGCUUCUGAGAUUGGUAACAACCUCUUCAAAUCUGCAAACUCGCUAUGGAAGACCGGUCGCAAGCAAGUACAAAAGGCAAUGGCCGACUUCCAGCACGAGGGUGACUCCAACAUGCCCAAGUGGAUGCGAGAUGCUCAAGCUGCAGAAGCCGCCCCUCGUUCAAGUAGACAGCAAAGGGCUGAGCAGUCAGCUACGGAUGAAGCUAUGAUGCUGGAAGCUGGAGCUCGUCCUACCAAACCAUCUCGAACGAGCGACAUGCGCCAACAGGCUGAACCGCUACCCGUGCGACAACGGAGAGAGGAAGAAGUCGGACGAAACGGCCGCCCAGACCGCAUGUCAUCGCAAUCGCCAUCACAACGACAACAACCCCAGAGUUUGGACAAGCGACCAGCCACGCGACUGACACGCCAGGAAGUAGAAGAACAAACCCCUCAAGCAUAUGUGAGCCCAGCACGCCAAGCGUUCAAGCGUGGAGACUACUCGGCUGCCCAUGCUGCCUACUCUUCUGCUCUCAGUCCUCUUCCACAGUCACAUCCCGUGACCAUUAUCGUGCUCUGCAACCGCGCAGUCACAAACAUCAAAGUUGGUGACCCGAAAGCCGCUAUCGCCGAUGCAGAUGCAGCAUUAGCCAUCAUUGGCGUGUCACGCGGAGAGGGUGAGAAGAUUGCCACGGGCGGCGUUGAAGGCGAAAAGGACAUGAAGGAAUUCUACGGCAAAGCCCUCAUGCGCAAAGCCGAAGCCCUCGAAAACAUGGAGAAGUGGGCAGAAGCACACGCCGUAUGGAAAGAAGCAGUACAAAAUGGUGUCGGUGGCGCGAUCUCUAUCUCAGGCCGCAACCGCUGUGAGAAAGCCGCAAGCGGUGGCAGCAACUCCUCCGCCGCAGCACCAAAACGUCCACCACCAGUCCGCAAGCCCGCUCCUCCCAAGGUCUCGGCCCUGUCUGAUCUAGGUGGUGGAAGCAGCCUUGCAAACGACUCCGAGGCAGUCAAACGAAUGAAGGCUGCCAACGCCGCUGCCGAACGAGCAGACGAUGAGAAGUUUGCUCUCACUGACCAGGUUGACGCCAAGCUCAUUGCGUGGAAGGGUACAAAGGCUGAUAACCUGCGUGCCUUGCUCGGUAGCUUGGACAAGGUACUCUGGGAGGACGCCGGGUGGAAGAAGGUCAACAUGGGAGAUUUGGUCAUGCCGAACAAGGUCAAGAUUAUCUACAUGAAGGCUAUUGCCAAGGUGCAUCCUGAUAAGAUAUCCCAGGCAGCAACGACGGAGCAGAAGAUGAUUAGUGCAGCUGUCUUUGCGACGCUGAAUGAGGCAUGGGAUAAGUUCAAGGCGGAUAAUAACUUGUAG